CUCCUCCUCCACCUUCUCACUUGAACUAUACACUUCUGAAACUUUCAGCUGCCUCAGCAUUGCUCUGUCAUUUUCUUUCUGAUGACAGCUCCACUCUGACUGGGAAUAUGGUUUUCAUGGACGUGUUCUGCCAUCCUCUCUGGGCUGCCUUGUCUGCGCUGCUGGCUCUUGUCGUGCGCUUGCAGCGCAGAGCGCGCUGGGAUCCACAAGCCUGCGCCGUGCGUCUCACAGGCAAGACUGCCAUAGUGACAGGAGCCAAUACAGGUAUUGGGAAGUUCAUCGCCAUGGACUUUGCACGGCGUGGGGCGCGCGUCAUCUUGGCAUGCCGAAGCGAGUCCCGGGGCAAAGCAGCCCUUGAUGAAAUCAAGGGAAUUACAGGAAACACCAACGUCCAUCUGCGCAUUGUAGACCUCUCCUCCAUGGAUUCGGUCAGAGCGUUUGCGAAGAGGAUUCUCGAGGAAGAGAAAGCGCUCCACAUACUUGUAAACAAUGCAGCAGUAUCAGGUUUGCCCAAACAGAUGACCAAAGAUGGGUUUGAGGCUUCUUUUGCCACCAAUCAUCUGGGACCGUUUCUGCUCACAAACCUGCUGCUGGACCUCAUAAAGCGCUCAGCUCCGGCACGCAUCGUUACCGUCAGCUCGCUGAACCACAAACGGGGCGAAGUGGACUUCUCUCACUUUCACGGCCAGAACCUUGUGUACCGCAUGGAUCAAGUCUACAAUCACACCAAGCUGCACAACAUCAUCUGCACCAAUGAGCUGGCACGAAGGUUACAGGGCACAGGUGUCACCGCCAACUCCGUGCAUCCCGGUGUUGUCAUGACGGAGGUGAUGCGGCACUAUCCAUUCUGGCUACGUUACCCAUUUAACUUCAUUGGGUUUUUCUUUUUUAAGUCACCAGAAGAGGGGGCAGUCAGCUCGAUCUACUGCGCCGUGUCCGAGGAACUGGAAGGGGUAACUGGGAAGUAUUUCGACAGCGACUGCUCCCUGGUCCUUCCUGCCCCUCUAGCUCGAGACGCCGCCCUCGCUGUGAAGGAUUUUGAGAUCUGCGAGAGGCUGACCUCAAAGCUCUGAAGCGGCUGCUCACCGAGGACUGGGAACCAGAAACACUGUGAGAUAACGUGGGGAGCUGGACCGUUUUGGGACAGUUUUAGUCACCGCUUCCUGCCGAAUGAACUCAGAUAAUAUAUCACAUCACCAAGUUUCCCAUGGUGCUGCCUAAUUCUGAUCAAUAGAAAACCUUUUCUCUGAACAUAAAAGUGCCUUAAAAACUUU